UUACAUUGGCAUUAUUUACUAUUUUUGGGGUUUAAUAUCAAUUAUCAAAGUCCAAUGAUUCAAGAAAUCAUAAUGCCCACCUCCGAAACUUCAUCCUCAUCAUCAACUGAUCACCAUCUCACUUCACCAACAUCAAUCCAAUUGGUGUCCAAAUCUGUGUCCCGGAGGCUGCUCGCCAAGUUCUACGACGCCUCACAAUUCGACUUUGAUUACUCACAGAGUGGGCUGUGGUCUCCUCCUCUCCAGAGAAGCGUGUUUCUGACUUCUCCAGGAAAGAUUUGCUCCGACAACGACAUGGCCGCCAAGCUAAGAGAAGCUCUCCAAACCCAUACGGCCAGAAGAAGAUCCUGCUUCUCGUUUAACGCUUGCUUGUGUUCACCAAAGAGAUUUUGAAGGGCUGCAGCUAGCUACACUAGGAAAUACUAUACGUAUAAUUAAUACUUGUUUGUUUUCUACAUAUAGAAGUGUAUACGAGAUGUACGUUUAU